AUGGAUAAUAGACGAACUGAGGAUUUAGAUACCGACGAUGAGGCGUAUGACCAGGAAGAAUACGACAGAGAUGACUACUUCGUAGCAGAAGGGAUAAGAGAUGAGGAGGAGGAGCAGGCGGAGCUGGAAGGAGAGGACCUGUACGAAGAUGAAACAGGGUUCGUGGUUGGACAAAGAGACCUGGAGCGAGAAAUGCGAGGGUUUGCCAGACUAGGCAUGAGCAAAGUGGACGAGUACGACCCAGACCUACUGGACGACUCAGAAUACGUAGACGACCCGAGAGCAAGAAGAGCAGCAGAAAGAAGAAUGAGGUACGAAGCAAGAAUGAGAGGAAGAACAGCAGAAGGAGAUAGGUCAGUGCACCAGAAACUGUGGAGAUACGUGCUAACCAUGGACGACGACGACGUGGACGUUAACCUGUUUGAAAGAAUCAACGAAAGAGUGACGAGGAGAAGAACAGAUGCACCAGGAGAGUACGAAAACGUGCCGGAGCUGAGUAAGCUGGAUGAGGCGAAGGCAGUGCUGAGCGUUAACCCGACCGAAGUGACGUUCGACGACAAGUACCAAAACGCACUGGACUGCUGCUUCAGGUACUUCCUCUUCAAGUUCAGCCUCGACGGAAGCCACGACCUCUACUACUUCAACAAGGUGAGGACGAUGAUCAGAGAGGACAAGUCGACGCUGAGAAUCGCAGCAGGACACCUGAUGAAGUUCCACUGCGAAAACCUGGUGAGGUGGCUCGAGUUCAGACCCUCGGACGUGUUCCCAAUACUGCACGACUGCCUGACCUUCGAGACGCACAGAAUGAAGCCGGAUCUGUACAGAGGAAGGUACUCGAAGGUGGCAGUGACGGAGUGGCCGUUCACGAAGCACCUGGGUCAGCUGAGGUCCUCGGAACUGAACACGCUGCUGAGCGUCUCAGGAAUAGUGAUCAGGAGAGGCUCGGUGAUGCCAAGGCUGCGCGUGCUGUACCUUAAGUGCACGACCUGCGACAGCAGCCUCUCGGAGCUGCCGAUAUACUUCUCAGACGUGGUGAGGCCAGUCUUCCCGAAAAAAUGCCCAUACUGCCAGUCGACAGGCUUCACGCUGGACAGAAUCAACACGGCGUACACGGAUUACCAGAAGAUCACGAUCCAGGAGCCGCCGAGCAACGUGCCAGCAGGAAGAACGCCGAGGCAGAAGACGGUGAUCCUGACGGGAGACCUAGUAGAUUCAGUGAAGCCGGGAGACCUGGUGGACGUGCUGGGCAUCUACAAGACGAGGUACGACAUGGGCCUGAACAUCAAGCACGGAUUCCCGAUCCUGUACACGGAGCUCGAGGCGAACAACGUGGAAAGGCAGGACGAGACGCUCUCGUUCGACAUCACUGACGAGGACCUGGCGGAGAUCAAGGAGCUCAGCAAGGACCCGUGCAUACGAGAGAGGCUGAUAGCAAGUGUGGCGCCGACGCUCUGGGGGCACAAGCCAGCGAAGGCAGCAGUGCUGAGCGCACUCUUCGGAGGAGUGCCGAAGGGGAGCACGAACGUGGGCUUCCAGGCAAACACGUUCGAGCCGAGCUCGCACAGAAUCAGAGGAGACAUCAACGUGCUCCUGGUGGGAGACCCGGGGCUGGGAAAGUCGCAGCUGCUGCAGUACGUGCACAAAACGGCGAGCAGAAGCAUCCUGACGACAGGAAAGGGCGCAAGCGCAGUGGGUCUGACGGCGGGAGUGCGCAAGGACCCGGUGACCGGCGAGUGGUCGCUCGAGGGAGGAGCGCUGGUCCUCGCAGACGAGGGCUUCUGCGUCAUCGACGAGUUCGACAAGAUGACCGACAAGGACAGAGUGAGCAUCCACGAGGCGAUGGAGCAGCAGAGCAUCAGCAUCAGCAAGGCGGGCAUCGUGACGAGUCUGCGCGCGCGCUGCUCAGUGAUCGCCGCGGCGAACCCGAAGUUCGGACGCUACGAGCCGGGCCUCACCUUCAAGGAGAACGUCGACUUCACGGACCCGAUCCUGAGCAGGUUCGACCUGAUCGUGGUGAUGCGCGACAUCCCGAACAUCGAGGAGGACCUGCUGCUCUCCGAGUACGUCAUCACGAACCACCAGCUCCUGCACCCGGGCCUCGACGACGUCGAGGACUACGAGAACGUGCUCAAGGAGCUGAAGAACACGCUCCUCUCCUCGAACAUCGUGUACCCGGUGCCCUCGGACCUCUUCAAGAAGUACGUCUACUACGCGAGGAAGAACGUGCACCCGACGAUCGCGCAGGAGCACUACAACCAGAUCGAGGGGAAGCUGAGCGGCGUGUACUCGAAGAUCCGCCAGAGGACCUUCGGCGGCGGCUACCCGCUCACGCUGCGCCACAUCGAGAGCAUCAUCAGGAUCAGCGAGGCGAACGCGAAGAUGCGCCUGUCGAACCGCAUCACCUCCGAGGACGUCGACGUCGCGAUCGCGAUGCUGCUCGAGAGCUACAUCUCGAGUCAGAAGUACUCGGUGGCCACGAGGCUCUCCAUGGAGUUCACGAGGUACCGCACGCUCUUCACGGGCAACGACGAGCUGCUGACGCAGCUGCUCAGGGACUCGCUGCAGCGCCAGCUCGAGGUUGCGAUCCGCAAGAGGUACGUGUACCGGAUGCACCGCCGGGCCGAGGAGGGCGGGGUCGCCCCUGAGGACGAGAGCGCUGCGCUCGAGGCUGAGCGUGAGCUUGAGAAGGAGCCUCCGGUGAUCAACGUGGAUCUCUUCCUGCGCAUCGCCGCCAGGUACAAGUUCGCGCGCGAGCGCGUGGAGCGCUGGAUGCACUCCGGCCAGUUCAAGCGCCACUUCAAGCUGGGCGUGAACGAGCAGGGCCUCGAGGUGAUAACGUCGAACACCGUGGAGGCGUAA